AUGAACGUACUUGGCUCGUUUGCCAAAAAAGUCGGAACUGUUGCCAUUGUUUAUUUGCUUGGGUAUUUUCAAUUUAGUGUUGCUUGGUUAAUUGGUCCAGUUAUUUUUUCUGUUAUUCGAGAUGAAUGGAAAAAAGAAAAAGAACUUAAAAGAACAAUCGCAAAAGCAGCUGCUAUGUGUAAUGAAAAAGAAGUCAUUUUGGCUCGAGUUGAUGACUUGCCCUCAUGGGUAUUUUUCCCCGAUGUGGAACGAGCAGAAUGGAUAAAUAAAAUACUUCGGCAGGUUUGGCCAAAUGUAAAUCAUUAUGCUAAAAAUUUAAUUAAAGACACAAUCGAACCAGCUGUUGCUGAAAGUUUGGCAUCGUAUAAACUUAACGGUUUUCAAUUUCAAAAAAUGCUUUUGGGUUCCAUUCCUCCCAGGAUCGGAGGUGUAAAAGUAUAUGAUAAAAAUGUAUCCAGAAAUGAAAUAUUAAUGGAUUUGGAUGUUUUCUAUGCUGGCGAUUGUGACAUUUCAUUUUCUCUUGCUGGAGUUACCGGUAGUGGCAUAAAAGAUUUUCAAAUUCACGGAAUGGUUCGAGUCGUUAUGAAACCAUUGAUUACGACAAUGCCGAUGGUCGGAGGAUUGCAAAUUUUUUUCCUUAACAAUCCAAAUAUUGACUUCAACCUUGUGGGAGUUGCUGACGUGUUAGACAUGCCAGGUUUAAGCGAUUUAUUAAGGCGAAUUAUCGUCGAACAAGUUGCCAACAUGAUGGUACUUCCGAAUAAAUUACCAAUUAGAUUAUCGGAUGAAGUUCCUUCGAACACUUUAAAAUUACCAGAACCGGAAGGUGUUCUGAGAGUUCACGUUGUCGAAGCAAAAGAUUUAAUGAAAAAAGAUAUCGGAAUGCUUGGUAAAGGAAAAUCCGACCCGUAUGCAAUUAUUACUGUUGGUGCCCAAACGUUUAAAACGAAAAUAAUUGAUAAUACGGUUAAUCCCAAAUGGGAUUAUUGGUGCGAGUUCAAGGUGGAGGAUAUAAAUGGGCAAAAAAUUGAUGUCAUUCUACGAGAUCACGAUAAUACAGGAAAAGAUGAAAAUUUGGGAAGAGCCACGUUGGAAAUCAAUCGCGUUGCCAAAAGGGGGCAUCUUGAUACUUGGAUAACAUUAGAACAAGCCAAACAUGGUAUCGUUCAUUUGAGAAUGACGUGGUUCAAAUUGUCAUCAAAUAUCGAAGAUUUAAAAGAAGCUUUGGCAGAAACUCAAACCCUAAGAGUGACUUCAAUGAGUUCCGCACUACUCACGAUAUUCGUCGAUUCCGUUAAAAAUUUACCAAAUGCAAGAAUUCAAUCGAAACCGGAUCCCUACGUGACCAUAACUCUGUGCAAGAGUACAAAAAGUACAAAAGCUCAAUGGAGGACGGAUAAUCCGGUUUUCGAACAGGAUUUUAAUAUGAUUCACAAUCCGGAAGUUGAUACGAUGCACCUUAAAGUGACGGAUAACAAAACGGGAAAAGAAAUCGGAGAAUUGGUUUACAAUUUAAGUCAACUUUUGGAAAAACCCAAAUUGAAAGUCGAUCAUCAACCGUUUCAUUUGAAAAAAAGCGGAGGAGAAACCAAAAUAUUUCUCAGCAUGCAUUUAAAGAUUUUGAAGUUUCAACUUCCUUUGAAAAAAGAACCAUCCUUCGAUGAGAGUACCGGAGUCGAAGGCGAAGAAAUGGAAUCUUCGUCACCGAACGAAAGUUCUUCCGUCGAUUCGUACCUGAAAAAACAAGAUUCGAUUAAGAAAAGACAAGGUUCGAUAAAAUCAAACAAAUCCGACGAAAUGAUUAUGCCGAGCGAUCCACUUCCGGUCGGUUCGAACAGUUCGGAUUUAUUAGAAUCCGAAGGAGAUUUCAUCGUGACGGGAUCGUCGUCUAAAAAUUUCCCCUCGAGAACCGACAGCGUAAGAUCGAAUAGAUCAGGUAUAUCGAAUGUGUCUGAAAAGGGAGAACACGGUCUUGGUAAAAUAUUAUUGACGAUGAGCUACAGCAUGAGUCGACAGAGGUUCGACGUAACCGUUCACAGGAUAUCGGGUUUACCAAUGAACGAUCCGACGAACAUUCCGGAUCCUUACGUGAAACUGUAUUUGUUACCGGAAAGAAACAAAGAUUCUAAGAGAAAAACGGAAGCCAUCAAAGACAAUUGCAAUCCCGUUUACGAACAACAAUUUGAAUACAUAAUAUCACCCGGUGAACUCAGCAACAGGCAACUCGAAGUCUCGGUUGCCACCAGAAAGAAGUUAUUUUCAUCUUCCAGCAAUUGCAUGGGUCAAGUAUUGAUUAACUUGAAUGAAUUAAACCUGAGCGAAACGACAACGGAAUGGUUCGACCUGAUGCCGGAAUUUCACAAAGAUAAAGACGAUUAA